AUGGGGAAUCCAUCAAAAUCUUCUAUUCUAGAAUAUGCUCAUUCUUACGGCAUCGCUAGUGACUUCGCAGCGGUCGAUCCCCUCACCUACAUCGACGAUGGUUUCAAAAUCCCCACGCCCGAGCCACAGUCCAGCCCUGUCCCCGAACAAUUACAAAAAGCCCAACAAGCCAUCACACAGGCCUUGCUCAAAGAGAAGUUGGACAUCAAGAAAGAAGGGGCUCGUCUCCUGUCAACCGUGAUACGGGAUGCAAGUGCUCGAACGGAGGACAUCAAUUGGACCGACGUUUUGCCGGCAUUCGAUCGGAUUGAAAGACUUCAGGUGGAAACGCCCAUUUUCCCUGCAGAGUAUGACACAAACACGAUGCUUGCUCGGAGGAACUCACGAUACAAAGAAUCUGAUGUCCAAUUGGAACCACUCGAGGAGCCUCCGUCGGUUGCAAUUCUUCCAAGCCGCCUUGCGGACACUAUAGAUGAAUCCAUGGAUCAUAUCAAAACAGAGAAACUCAGAUGCAGCAAGAAUGCUUUCAUAAUGAUACAACAUGCCAAAAACGGCGUUGUUCCUUCCAAAUACGCGGUGGAUAAUCUACUUUUGGAUGAGUUGACGUCGUGUCCGAAUGAUCUUGCCUUCUCAGAACCACCAAUUGUCCUCUCCGAUGCCGAUGAUACUUAUCUCAGAAGCUCUUCGCCAGUUGCAGGGUUCCAGAUGCUACCAAGUCUUACCUCGCUGUAUUUCCUCACUAAUCAUAGCGCACAAAGACGUCGAUCAGGAACCCCUCUGAAAGGUAACGAGAACCCACAGAUCAAUACUGCAUCAUGUCUCUUUAGUGACUAUGACAAAGAGGUCUCAGGCUGUGUUCAGCUAGGGAAUGACCUGAGCGAAUCAUUGGGUUGCAGCAAUCUCCGUAACAAUUGUUCGUCUAGUCAGAAUUCGCCGGGUUUCAAGCAGAAUUCAGGCAUCAACACCCAGACUGUCCCUGACGUUUCCACCCAUACCGGCACCUCCCUGUCAUCGCUUAGCGGAAGCGCACUUGACAUCGAAUCCCAGCCAAAUACGUCAGUCGGUCGUCGGUCCAGAACAAACAGUCCUUCCGAGAAGAAUAUCAGCGAAACCCAUCUGGAUACCGUCAUUUCUGCUGGAGGCACUCCCAUUCCCUCUCCUAGGGAAGACCUAUCUACUAUGGACGGGGGCAUACUCUCAAAAACCACCGAAUACUUGUUUUCCGAACAAUGUGGUGAUAACAAGAAUUUCCUGUCGAGUACCGGUCACUUCUCUUGCCCUAUAGAUGAAUCGAUCAUCGGCUCGGAUGCCGUACAUGCAGUAUCGCCACUUCAACCGAGUCACGAAAUGCAGGAGAUGGAAACAAACGAAGAACCAUCUUCUUUGAGCAAUGUGGAGCAGAAGUCAUCGCAGGAAAUGAGUCUUCAAUUGAAGUUCAAAGGCUUUCCGAACCACGCAUCGCUUCUUCCUUUGAAAAGGGAACGAAGCAAGAGUCGAGAAAGUCUCCGGCUGAUAAACAAACAAAUUCUCGAAAUAAAGAAGUCUCAGAAAGAGGAAAGACUAGACCCAAAAUCCCACUUGUCACUGCAAGCCUCCCUGGGCUCGCUGUCAUCAUUCAUGGAAAUCAGAGGCCGAAUCAAAAGUCGACGCCCCGUUGUCGGCAUGAGCCAAUACUUUGCUGCGUCCCAGCCGAUUGAUAAGGUUGAACAGCAUGAUUCCAAUGUGAGUUCCGACAGAAGCAUGCUUAUACCAGCCACUUUCGUAGACAGAGUCCCGCAAAUUCAACGCAAGGCCCUCCAACAAUCGUACCUCUACGUCUCAACUGCGCUCCUCAAAACCCACCUCAACCUCAUACAGUGCAUCGAAAAGACACAAAGCGCACCUGCCAUCAUAUACAGAGACUAUGGCACCACAGUCGGGCAAGCACUAUCUGACUGCAGCUCCAGAAAUAUAGCCCUUCAGCCAGACACAAGACACGUCCUUCCAAAUGAAGCAGACAUUAUAGUCUCGCCAACAACGGGAAUCAUCCUCACAACCUCUCAAAAAAUCACCCAAUUAUACCUCCCGGGACAUAAGCCCAAGAAUCCCAAAAUAACCGAUUCCAGAUGGAUAAACUCACCACUCCGCGAGCAGAUCUUCCUCAUGGCAUCGCGAUACGAGCACCUCUACCUACUCGUCUCUCAAGGAGCCAACUCAGGUAAAGAUUCACAGCGAGGAAGUAUAAGUCUAACAUGGACAGCGGAUAAACGGAAAUUAGCAUCUUUCACUUCUUUGCUAGCUUUCUGCACUUCGAUAAAUGACUGUGCAGCGAUCGUCCCGCUUUGGGUGCCCUCGUCGCCGGAGGCGCUAGCAAAAUGGAUUCUUUCAAUAUAUGAUAAGCACGCAGUUGAGAUGCCUCGUGUAGAUGUUUCAACCCCACUGCAAGCUGGAUUCACGCCGGUGAAUCCGAAACCACAGUCUCAGGUUCCCAGAGCUGAAAGUGACAGUAUGGAAGAGACGAAUUGGGAGCACUUCCUGAGACGAGCCGGGCUGAAUCCGUAUGCUGCCCGGGCUGUGCUUUCUAUAUUACACAAAGAGAGGGUCAUGAGGACUGAGGGCGAGGGCGAUGGUAGCAGCUAUAAGCAGAACAAAUUCGGAUCUCUGUCCCUAUUCAUGGCCAUGUCUUCCGAGCGUCGACAAGAGCUGUUCGGGAAAUUGAUAGGAGAGAAGUUGAUCAGUCGGGUCAAUCUAGUGAUAGAAAAGGACUGGCAAUGCGACUGGGCGCUGAAUUUUAACGAAACUGCGAAACCGUGA